AUGUCAAAAAUUACUGUUGAUACAUCAAUAUUACCAACAAAUAUUUUUUCACUUCACGAUCAAAAAUUUUAUGAUAUUGUUAUUCAAGUUACUGGAAGUCAAGGUAUUGUUGACUUGUUAAAGGCUCAAGGUAUUAACAACAUCAGUGCAUUCCUUCUAACAUCUGAUAUAUUUGAAAUAUUAACCUGGGAUGCAGACGAAUUUAUUGAUUUACACAAACGAUGUUCUAUAGAAUUACGAAAUAAUACAUUUAUGAUUCGACCUGGUUUAAAAGCAAAUGUAGAAUAUUUACGUGAAUUAUUUACAAAAAAAAAUGAAGAAUAUGCAAAAGAAUUAAAACAUAAACAACAGCAACAACAACACAGAUUUUCUCUUCCACCAAUAUCUGCAGAUCUUCCAUCAACGGGUACAAGUACUACUGAUGCAAGUACCAACUCUAACUCGUUUUCUACGACUACAACUAAUUGUUUUGCUCCUGUGACAACAUCAACUAGUGAUGAUCCAAAACAAAUCAUAAUAAAUACAAUUGAAAAAUGGAGUAUUGAAAAUGUUGAACUUUUUGGUAAUGAUGAUUUCGUCUUGACAGAAGGUGUUCAUUAUGAUUUGAUUAUACAAAAUACGAAUGAUGUAUUUAUUGAAUAAAUCUUUGGAAAUCUUUGGAAAUCUUUAGAAAUCUUUGGAAAUCUUUGA